AUGGAGGCUGGACCUGUUGAGAACGUAUCACUUAAGGAUGGUUAUGGGUUCGUUACAUACGAGGAUGAAGAAUCGGUCUUGUAUGCAUGCUCGUUGUUUGAGGGAAUUCGGCUCUACAAUUAUGAGUUGAGAAUUAAACCUCGACAAGGAUCAAAGUACGAGAAUCACCCCAUUAAAUCGUAUCCCCCAUAUACCUGCGUUCUAAGCUGCUCCCCGGAUUGGCCCUGUGAAUUCCGUGAAUAUAGCCAUCUUUCUGACUACCACUGCCAAAAUAGUCUUCUAGAUCUCCACUCCGUCGUACCCAUUACAAUAGUAGGCGGGAAGUUCAUGAGAUUCCAAGGAAUGUGCGGCGUCCUUGCUAUUACUAAAAUAAAGUUUCUUUUCUCUUGUCCACAUCCGUUAUUUUUUCUACUUUACCGUGCAUUUAAUGCUGCUUUAUUUGUUUUCUCUAUAUUUUCCUCAUUAGGGGACAUGAACUCUGGCAUUGGACAUGUACAGAAUAUAUUUAUCGUAACGUCUGGCAAGGGGGGAGUCGGGAAGUCGACAAUAGCUUGUCGAUUAGCAAUAGGACUGGCUAAACGAAACCUUAGGGUUGGACUUUUGGACUUGGACCUAUGUGGACCCUCCGUUCCCAGAAUCAUGGGGCUCUGUGAUGCAAAUGUUCAGCAAUGUUCCGAGGGAUGGCUACCUGUAGUGGCAGAUAAGGUGGCAAAGAAUAUAUUUGUCAUGUCUAUUGCUUUCCUGGUUUCUGAUAAAGACUCUGCAGUCGCAUGGCGCGGCCCACGAAAAAAUGCCAUGAUUGACCAGUUCCUUUCGAAGGUUUGUUGGGGUCAGUUGGACGUAUUAGUGAUCGAUACGCCUCCUGGCACAUCGGACGAACACAUUUCCGUGGUGGAGAAAAUUAGGAUGUAUGCGAGUGAUCGUCUGCGAGGUGCUAUAAUUGUCAGCACACCUCAGCGAGUGGCACUCUGCGAUAUUCGAAGGCAACUGACAUUUUGCAGUAAAAUUGGCCUUCUUGUGGUUGGGCUAAUUGAAAACAUGAGCGGAUUUGAAUGCCUCAACUGCAAGGAGUCAUUCAAUCUCUUUGCAUCUGGCGGUGUUGAGGCCCUAGCAAACGAAAAAGGUGUCGACUUUCUUGGUAAGUUCUUCGUGUCUAUUUUGGUGACUGUCGCACUCGUAGGGGCACGGUUGAAAAACAUGUUUCCGUUCAUUUACACUCUUCUAGGAAGUCUUACUGUCGCCAAACCCGCUGACUCAUUUUUAGGUCGUCUUCCUCUUGAUUGUCAAAUUACGCGAAUCUCCGAUCAGUCGGCCACAUUUGCGGAGAAAUCACAGCUGGCUCUGCCUGUAGACUCUCCAAUUAUGGUUCACAUUUUGGGCAGAUACUUUGGAGCUGAGAGGCUGACAUCUUAA